AUACCAACAGUAAAAUAACUACAUCUCUGUGUAAAAAGGAAUGGAGUCUUUUCAGAACACAAAUCAAACAUUUCAUCAUACUAGAGAUGAGUUUGACAUAUCAUAUCAGCAUGAAGGAGCAAGAAACAAACCUGGACAUCAACAAGGAUUUCUCUGCUGUAAUAAGAGGCCAUGUUUCAAAGGAAUCAGUUCAGUGUGUCUGGGAUUACUGUGUAUUCUCCUGCUGGUUACCACAGUCAUACAGCAUUUCAUGUGUAUAUCAAGCGAGGAACAGCUAAAAUGCAUUCAAAACAAGACUGUACAAAUAGACAAUUUCCUCUCUGAUGUGGAUGAAGCAAUACAAAAUAGAUGGUGGUAUUACAACUUAAGUGUUUACUACAUAUCCAAGUUUGAAGAGAAUAUGGACUGGACUACGAGCAGACACUUCUGUAGGAUGAAGAAAGCAGAUCUGGUGAUCAUAAACAGCUUUGAGGAACAGAAGUUUAUUGCACAUUUAUGCGAUAUCUUUCAAAUGGACGUGUGGAUCGGUUUGAAGGACAGAGAUAAUAAUGGAGAGUGGAUGUGGGUGGAUGGUACUCGACAAAUCACUUGGUUCUGGAGUCCAAACCAACCCAUAAAUCUGGGAUAUCAAGACUGUGUUGAAAGCAGAGCAGGGUUUUUAACACAAUAUAUUUUUGCAGGAAAACGAUGGAACACCAAAAGUUGCUAUUGUGCAAAUGGUUUCAUUUGUGAGAAGAAAAUGUUCAUCUGAUUAUUAGUUACAGAUUCUGUUUUGUUUUAACUGUGCAAUGGCAGCUUCACUAUAAUGCGGUAUACUUCGCUGUGUAGUCCAGAGUAAGUGGGUUAAUUCAAUUUAAGAAGUAUAAUGCCAAACCCAAACCAAUAUGUUUUGCUUUGAAAGCACAGCACAUGUAGCUACAAUUACUUUUAUAAACAUUCUUAAAUCCCAAUUAUUCUCUGUUCAUUUAAUAUGUAUGUAAUUAACUAUUAUUUAGUUAU